UCUCUCCCCUCCCUUUUCCCCUCCCCCUGGUUCUGUUCAGUUCAGUUCGCGCCGGUCAGAGGAAGGAAGGAGAAGGGGAGUAGAUUCGUGAUCUGCGCACUCAAAGUGUGCUCUUUUCUCUCCCCCACCCCUCGCAUGUGGGCCUUCUCGCGCUCCCUCACCAGCCGGGAGGAGCAGCGGCCGCCAUCAGCAAGGGCCGUUGCCAAAGGCGCCUCCGCCCCUCCUCCUCAGCGUUAGUGCUUCCUCCUCGAAGCAGGGCGGAGGGCGAUGAACGGCGGCGGCUCCUGACGGCGACGGCGCUGAACCCGCCCCGCUCCCUUUUCCCCUCCUCCUCCCUUCAUCCCGAGGAUGCUGAAGAUGAAGCUGCCGGUGAAGCAGCAGCAGCAACGGCAGACGAUGAGCCAUAAGGACGUGGGAGAGGAAGACGAAGGACCGACAGUUGGGAUCGCUUUGAGGGACCGUGGCGGUUGCGGCGGCCUGGCCUGUCAUCCGCGUCGAAGCGGGGCUGGCUCCGGGGCAGGGGCUGCAGUCCCCCCUGGCCCCGGAGGCCCGCCGCCACCUCCUCCUCCGCGGUGCCUCUGCGGUUGUUCAGCCGGGGGCGCUCGCGAGGCGGUCUACGAGUGGUUCGGCCUGGCGCUGGGUUCGGCCCAGCGGUUGGAGUUCGCCGUGGGGCUGCUGGAUCUGCUCAACCCGCUGGAGCUGCGUUUCCUGGGCUCCUGCUUGGAGGAGUUGGCUCGAAAGGACUACCACUGCCUGCGAGACUCCGAGGCCAAAGCCAACGGUGCCGGAGCGACUGCAGGCGCCACAUCCGCCGCCGACGCCCCGGCGGGAAGCAGUCCCAAUCCUGCCGUGGCCAGCCAGCCGCAGCAACUCCUCACGGCGCCGCCGCCACCGUCCUCUCCUCCUGGUGCGGCUGCCGCCACUGGCGGUUCUUCUUCUCCCGCUGCUCCUCUUCCUCUGGGAGGCAGUGAUUUCCGCGACCCGGCUGUGCGCUCCAAGCUCAUCGUCUAUUUGGCGCUCCUGGGAUCCGAGAACCGUGAGGCCGCUAGUCGCCUCCACCGCCUCUUGCCCCGUGUGGACGCUAUCCUGCAAAGUUGCCGACCCCUCGGCACCCUCCGCCCUGGGGGAGAGGAGGGGAGAGGCGAAGAAAAGGCGGUGGUCAUGAACGGGCCUGGGGCGGCGGAAGAGGGCCUAGGGCUGGUGGCUCAAGAGGAGCUGCUGCUGCUGUUCACCAUGGCUUCCCUGCACCCCGCCUUUUCUUUCCACCAGAGAGUCACUCUCAGGGAGCAUUUGGAGCGGCUACGGAGGGCCCUUUGCCGCGACACAGAAGAGAUGGACGGGUUCACCUGCCAUGGGGGUCGGGACUUUUCUCACAACUGCAUGCCAAGGAAUGAGAGCAGUUUACUGGAACAAAGAACAGCACUUCAUGAUAAACACAUGGUAGCCUCUCACAGGUCGCAACAAGAAGCUGUUCAUAUUGAGAAGAUAAUGCUGAAAGGAGUACCUAGGAAAAGAGCUGAUAAACAUCUGGAGUAUACUUUCAAAGUAAUAUGGUCUGAUCAUUCUAUAUCCUGUAUAACAAAAACACAUCAAGAUUUACAGGAAUUUCUACUAAAACUUCCAAAGGAACUUUCUUCUGAAGCAUUUGACAAGACUAUUUUAGGAGCAUUAAAUCAAGGGUUCCAGAAGCAAGAAGAAAGGCGACAUCUAGACUUUGAACCCAUGAUAAGACAGCUGUUUUCAACAACAUCUCAAGCUUUCCUGCAAAAUCAGAGAGUAAACCGCUUUUUUCAAUCUCUGUCCUCAGAGUGUUUGCACGCACACAAUAACCUCCAGUCCUCUCUGAAGACAUCUAAGAUGCCAGAACACUUCAAGGAGGACAGCUCAGAAGCUUCAAGUCAGGAGGAAGAAAUGAUACAGCACACAGCAGUUCAUAAGAAACACACUGGGAAGUGUCCUGUUACCAACACAGUUACUACAAAAUGUUCUUCACUUGAUGGCUUCAACAUAAAUUCUGAACACAACGGUGUGGCAGACUGGAGAAGAAAAAGCUGUACCCUUCAGCAGCAUCCAGAGCAUUGUGCAUUACUUGAUCAGUAUACAGGAGAGAAGAGAAGUUUGCCUGUAAUAAGCAAGAAGAAAGGAAAACUGCAACCAGAAAAAGAUAAAAUAAAGAGAACUGACACCAGGUUUACCAUCAGAUCUAACUGUGUAAGAGUUGCAGAUGCCCCUCUCCACCCAGGAACAGCAAAAGAUUCAAAUGUAGACAUUGCAAUGGGACAUGAUACAUGUGGAGAAACCUCUUCAGAGAGUUACAGUUCUCCUUCUAGUCCACGGCAUGAUGGAAGGGAAAGCUUUGAAAGUGAAGAAGAAAAAGACAGAGACACAGAUAGCAAUUCUGAAGAUUCUGGGAACCAAAAUGUGAUGAGAUUUACUGGUUAUGGUGCUACAGACCUCAAUAAGUCACCUGCACAGAUUUCAGUGAGAUCAGACAAUGGAAAUAUUGUAGAGGAUCCUUUGAAUCCACAGUUUCAGCACAUUUCCUUUAUGCCUGCUCUACACUACGUGGUGCACAAUGGUACACAGAAGCCUGAAACUGUAGUCCAACCACCCAUAUCUGCUGAUGGAAAAACUUUGGGAAUGGUGGUUGCAAAUGCAGCUCCUGUUGGAUUGAGUUCAGCUGGUGAAUCUGAAAAACACAUUGAACUUUUGUCUUCCCCUUUGCCAGCCACUUUCCUCCCACACACAGUCCAGCCAAGUAGCCAUGCAUUGCAUUUAGCAAUACACAGAAUGAAAAUAUCCUCACCACAGGCAUCAUCUGAAAGUUGUACAGUUAGUGGACCACAACAGCAAACAGGAAACUUAAGCAUUGGAUCACCAAACACUGCCUUUAUCCCAGUCCACAACCCAGGUAACUUUUCAGGAUCCACAGUUCCUACUACAGACCCAGUCCCAAAACCUGCAUCCCAUGUGAUGGGCUUAAAUCAAAUGGUGCCUCAUGUUGAGGGCAACACAGGAGUGAUCCCUCAGCCUCCCAAUCUAAAAGUAGUUGUUCCUGCACCUGGUCUCUCCACAGCACUUCCACCAGCUUCUUUUACUGUACCAGUGACUCUUCAUGCUACCAGUGUGUUGCCCAAUCAAAGUACAACUGUGCUGAACACUGUGGCAUCAACACCACCACCUCCAUCAUCUGGUCUCUGUGUUAGUCAGGUCCAACCUACUGUUCCUCCUGCAGUACCUACCCACACCCCAGGUCCUGCACCUAGUCCAAGCCCUGCUUUAACACACAGCACUGCACAGAGUGACACCACGUCCUAUAUUAGUGCUGUUGGAAAUACUAAUGCCAAUGGGACUCUAUUGUCUCCACAGCAGUUGGGGUCUGGGCCUUGUGGGUCUUGUGGUCGCAGAUGCAGCUGUGUGACCAAUGGAAGUCUUCAGAUUAACAGUUACUUUUAUCAUAAUCCACUUCAUGGACAAUUCUACAGAGUUCCACCUUUCUUCCCUCUGCCAUCGCUUUGCAAUGGUAGCUACCUCAACCAAGCACAUCAAACCAAUGGAACACAGAUUCCUUUUUACUUGCCUCGGGCCUCAUAUGCAAAUGGGCAUCUGAUGCAUGACCCAGUAAUGGGGAGCCAAACCAACUAUGGUAUGCAGCAAAUGGCAGGAUAUGGGAGGUUAUAUCCUGUGUAUCCAGCUCCAAAUGUGGUUGCCAAUACUAAUGGAUCAGGGCUCAAGAAGAAUGGGAAUGUGUCCUGUUAUAAUUGUGGUGUUAGUGGGCACUAUGCACAGGACUGUAAGCAGUCAUCUUUGGAGGCCAGUCAACAAGGCACUUACAGAUUGAGAUAUGCACCUCCCCCACCCCCUUCUAAUGAUACGUUGGAUUCUGCUGACUGAAACCAAGUAAACAUUGCCUACAUACCAAAAUGAAGGUUGGGAAAUCUGGGGAGUUCUUUGGAUUUGAGAGAUUCCUUGUCUGUGUUUAUAUUCUUUUGCAUUUUUUCAUUGCUCGUGAACAUCUGUUCUAAUACAAAAGAAGAAAGCGUUUUUGCUCCUGGUCUGACUUGCAUAAAGCAUGAUGCUAUCUUGGCCAAUCAAUCAAAAGAGUAUUUGAAUGAAUAGACUUUUGCACUGAAGACUUAAGUCAUGCAAUGUUUACUACAUUUUUUUUUAAAAGGUCAUUUAACCUCUGACUACACUGGUUGAACAGCCAUAUGGUUGAAAGGGGAAACUUGGUCAUGCUCCCACAAGUCACCUUUCCCUUCCUCUUCUUGUGCUGCUAUUGUUCUUUUCUCCCACCUUUGCUGGAUCUGCGUGUCUCCAUGGCACUGUAUGGGUGUUCAGCCGUUUAAAUAGAUCCAGCCCGUAACUCUAGUAAAUUCCUAUGCUUGUGAACUGAUGGGGGCAUUGCUUGCUUUUCUUGAGAGUCUGGAAAUUCACAGUAGUAUGCGUGAAAAAUCUGACAAAAAAAAAAACUCAUAUGUGCCUAAAUAAAAAUUUAAAAACCAUAGGGGAAGGCUUAAAACUGUGUGUUAACUUUUAAACAGAUUUCUGAAAUAGAAAUAUGUUGAACAAUUUUAUUUCUGUUGUAGUAUUUUUUUUUAAGCCUAUUGGUUCAAAGUGAGUAACUGGUAUGAAUGCCUUAGUUGGUGUGUCUGCAUUUGUAACGACAGUUGGCAGCAAGUACCUUUAUUAAACAUAGCUACUUUGUCAAUACAAAAAAAGACUUGAUUUUUAACAUCUUCCCCUUUAGGCUAUUGCAGUGUUGUGUUAGAAUGUAAAUGGUUUAUUUUAGUGUGGACAAAAAUCUGUAUGUAUUCUCCAGAACCGUCAGGUAUUUGUAUACUAGAACCAGUCUACCAAAUAGCAAUGUCACUUUCUUAUGACAAUUUUACCACUGUGUGAUCACGAUAUAAUGUGAAAGGCUCCAAUGAGUGUGAAGAUGGAUCAUGUUAUAUCACUAAGUUUAACGCUGCUGUAUUUUAUUUCUAAAAGCCAAGAUGUACUAAAUUGCUUCCAGGUAAUAUUUGAUUUCUUAAGUGCACUGUGAGUUUAUCUGGAAGGAAACUUUUUGACUGUUGAAAUCAACACUGAACUACCAUCAUUUGUGUACCCAGAGGUAUCACAAUACAUAGAAGAAAUGUAGGUUUUGCUUAAAAAAAGGUAUGCAGCAGAAUGAAACCCGUCAAAAUAUUUUUCAUUUUGUCUAAUUUCUAAACAAGAAACUUGAAGAAGCUUGAUUUACUACAUUUCUUCAUAGAUAGCAUUUAUAUUUAUAGUACCAAUAUAUUUUGAAAGUGAGGGAGUAAAUGGGUAGAUGAGAGCUUUAAUUUAAAAGAAAAUUAGCAUAGGAAAUUAUCUGUUUAAAAAAAUACUUUUAUUUGCCCUGGGUAUGUUGGACCAUAUUAAAAAUGAAAUAACCGCUUCUGAGUUUAGCAAGGGUGUCUAAAGCACCAGUGGACUUCAUUUUCACGUAUCUGCCAGUUUACUUUAUGGAAUUUUAUGAUUUAAGAUACUGUACUGAAAAAAGGAGGUAUGUUGCCUUCUCUUUAUUUGUAUGUUUACCAUAUACUUUGAUAUUUGAAAUGUUAUGUACUGGAAAGGUCACUUAUAUUUCUAGAACAGAUUGGAUUUUAUGCAGCAUCUUUCCCUGAAUUAAGAGCAAUAAAAAAA